AUGAACAAAUUGAAUUUCCGCAACAACAGAGUCAUGCAAGACCGCCACAGCGUGUGCAUUUUCCUUCCCGAGAAUAAAUCUCCGAACAUCAUCAUAAAUGUAAAGAUUCUGUGUCACCAGUUGCUGGUCCAGCUUUGUGACCUGCUCCGGCUAAAGGACUGCCACCUCUUUGGACUUAGUUUUAUACAAAAUAAUGAACAUGUUUAUAUGGAAUUGUCACAAAAGCUUUGCAAAUAUUGUCCAAAGCCGGGCAAGAAAGAGGCCAGCAAGGGUAUCGACCAAUUUGGGCCUCCUAUGAUAAUCCACUUCCAUGUGCAGUACUAUGUGGAAAAUGACAGACUGAUCGGUGACAGAGCAGCAAGAUACUAUUAUUACCGGCACCUGAGAGAACAGGUUCUUCAUUCUUAGUGUGUGCUCCGAGAGGAGGCCUACUUCCUCCUACUGGCAGCCUUUGCUCUGCAGGCUGAUCUUGGGAACUUCAAAAUGAAUCAGCACUGUGGAAAAUACUUCGAGCCAGAGGCUUACUUCCCAUCUUGGGUUGUGUCCGAGAGGGGGAAGGACUACAGCCUGAAGCACGUUCUAAACAUGCACAAGGAUCAGUUUGCACUGACAGCUUCCGAAGCUCAUCUUAAAUAUAUCAAAGAGGCUGUCCGACUGGAUGACGCUAUUCAUUACUACAGAUUGUAUAAGGAUAAAAGGAAAACUGAAGCAUCGCUGACUUUUGGAUCAACCAUGCGAGGAAUACAGAUUUUUCAGAAUUUAGAUGAAGAGAAACAAUUACUUUAUGAUUUCCCCUGGACAAAUGUUGGAAAGUUGGUGUUUGUGGGUAAGAAAUUUGAGAUUUUGCCAGAUGGCUUGCCUUCAACCCGGAAGCUCAUCUACUACACAGGGUGGCCCAUGAGCUCCAGACACCUCCUGCAACUUCUGAGCAACAUGAAUCUGCAGCCUGUCCUGCACCGUAUCCGGGAGCUGGAGGAAAACAAAGAGAAGAAGCAGUACCGGAAAUCUUACGUUAGUGACAACCUGGACCUCGACAUGGACCAGCUGGAAAAGCCAUCUCGGGCCAGCAGGAGCAGGGCAGGCAGCAUGAAGCACAAGCGCCUUCGUCAUUCCACCGCCAGCCACAGCAGUUCCCACACCUUGGGCAUUGAGGCAGACACCAGGCCCCGGGACAUGGGGCCAGAAGGCAGCUGCCCCAGCAGUGCCAUCCACCGCAAGCUGAAAACCGGCAGCUCCCUGACCAGCCAUGGUAGCUCCCACACCUCAGGGGUGGAGAGCGGCGGCAAAGACCUACUAGAAAAGGACUUGCAGGACGAUGAAAUAGAGAUGUUGGUUGAUGACCCCUGGGACCUGGAGCAGAGGAAUGAAGAGUCUCUGGAAGUUAGCCCAGGCAUGUGCAUCUACAUCGCAGAGGACAUGCUCAUGUCGCAGAAGCUGAACGGACACUCCGGGUUGAUUAUGAAAGAAAUUGGUUCUUCCACCUCGAGCUCUUCAGAAACAGUUGUUAAGCUUCAUGGCCAGAGUACUGAUUCUGUUCCACAGACUGUAUGUCGGAAACCAAAGACCUCCACAGAUCGACACAGCUUGAGCCUUAAUGACAUCAGACUUUACCAGAAAGACUUCCUGCGCAUUGCAGGUCUGUGUCAGGACACUGCUCAGAGUUACACCUUUGGAUGUGGCCUCUAUUGCAACAGUUACUUGGCUCAGCAGUGCAUCAACAUCCAAGAUGCUUUUCCAAUAAAAAGAACCAGCAAAUACUUUUCUCUGGAUCUCACUCAUGAUGAAGUUCCAGGGUCUGUUGUAUAAAGUCCAUCUGUGUGCAGCUGUACAGGCAGCUUACUGUUUGCUAGAGGAUGUGAAAAUCAUGGGUUCUUUACAUAUUACUUGUGCCAUGUCUUCUUCGCCCUAAGCAUAGCUCUUUCUUUAUGAUAUUUGUGAUGAUGGAAACAAAAGCCUUGAAACAAUUGUACUUUAAGUAUUACACAGAAGUAGAGGAGCUACAGAAAAUAUACAGCAAGAGAAGUGCCCAGAAGCCCAUUGCUCCUUUGGAAGGAAGUGCACUUUACUGAUUGCAAUGCCUUCGGAAUAUUGGAGUGUGGUGUGUUUGCUCAUCUGAUGCUUUUUAGUUCAGCUACAUGUAAAUCACAUUUUUUAUCACGUGAAAGAUGUUAGGUUUAUUUGCUUGCUUGUAAAUUUUUUACCACUCCCUCAUAAAACACUCAUGGUUUGGGAGAGGAAAGAGGGAAGAUUCUCUCUUCUUUUAACAGAGAGACGGUUGCUCUGUACAGCCAUUGCUUCCUCCCUGAGGCUGUCCCAAAGUGAACACUGAUGAAGUGGUCAAAAUCAUGAGGUUGUAGCAAGCCAAAGAUACGUACAUGAUGGAAGCACCUGUGCAGAGACAAGACAUGAAUUAAGCAAUAACCAGAAAACCGGAAGUGCAUAUGCUGUGAUGCCUGUGACUCCUCCACCCCGCUCAGUGCCAUGUCCUCUUCUGUGAUCUUCGAGAAGGCUCCAGGAUUCAGUUGAGUUCCUCAUCCAAGUAACAAGAAUUAUGUUCAUGUCGUAAUGCAUUUUGUGGAGUUUACAAAACCCGUGUCUGUUAAAACCACGGAAAAUGUCUUAGAAAACAUUGGUGCUUGGUGAUGCUUUGUUUAAUUAUCAAGAAAAAAUCAUGGCAAUGCUACUUUCUGCUUAACCAAAAUAUUCCAUGUAUAUAUUAUACAUAUAUAAAUA